UGAUUGUUUCCAUUGGCUCUCACUGUAUGGCGCCCUCUGCCGGUGGAAUAUGGCGCGUGCGCAGCGGCAGUUGGACACGUUUAGCUUCCGGUGGCUCACUGUCAGAUGCCUGAGCUUCAGGUAAAAUACAUAAGUGUUAGGAAUGCAGCCGCCUCUCCCGACAGCUGCGGUCAGAGAGCUGGUUUGCUCCUGUCUGCAUCGAGACCCUGUAGCGGCAGAUCUGCGCUGUAGCCUCUUCGUAGCCGCCGUCCAGAGCUACAAACGCGAUUCAGCGCUCAGACCCUUCCCUCCUCGCUACCUUAGAGGAGAGGUCAAGGACUUUGAGGAGCUGCAAAAGGAUGUGGAUACUUUGCCAAACGUGAGAGAUCUGGUGCGUCUGGGACACGGUGAUGGAGAUCAUCAUCUGGCUCUUGUGCACUGGGUUCUCGCCUCCAAGAGUUUUGCUGUGAAGACCCUGCAGAAAGAGGAGAUCCCAUCGCAGCAGAUAUCUAAAAUUCAUCUCUCGUUGUGUGUUUCAGACUCCGAGAGCAUUGACCAUAAGCGUCUGAGGGCCAGGAACAGUGAAGGAGGUGAGGUGCCCGAGAAAUACUUUGUGGUGACCAACAACGAGCUUCUGAGAGUGAAGUACCUGCUGGUGUAUUCUCAGAGACGCUACCGAUCACGACACGCUCAAGGGACGUCGUGGCUUGUCAGACAUCAUUUUGCCGUCAUGAUGGGCCUGUAUCUCCUGCUCCUCAUAUUCAUCGGUGCCUUCAGCUCGUCCGCUUUUCAGUCGUUCUGGCACAGAAUGUUCCGGUGACCCAGAUCGCACACAUCACAUAAACGCUCACGUCCAAAGUGCCUUUAACUCACAAAGACUAUCAUGCAAGAGGGAAAAAAUAGACUCAGGAACGAUUUUCUUCAACUCAACACGACAUUCCUUGGUUUUUACACGCUAUUUUAUUUAGAUUUGCAUAAACACACUGCAGUAUGAGCACUAAUGUUAGCAGAUUCAGCCGAGCAGCAAGAAUGUUACAUGUUAGCAUGUAGCCUGUUUUUACUUUUUCAAUUAUUGGUUCACUACAUUCGUUACAACCAAAUGAUCAAGACAAAGCGCUGUUUUUACCUGCCUUUUCAACUUAGACAUUGGCAAAAUUGCUGCUUAUAUUAAAAAUAAUCAUGUAGGGAGAUCUGUGUGCUUUUAUAUUAGAUAUUUUUCAGUUUUGGGGCAAGUUCACACGUUCUUAGACUACUGUACUGUGUCUAGAUUACGUCAACUAUGCAGAAGACCCAUGCUAUGGUGGUCAGUAUCUUUAAAACUGUAAUGAAAAUUAGUCUUGAUAUUGCAUAAAUGUCUCUAACUUGAAUAAUCCAGAGGAUCCGAAUUGUGAAAUAAUUUAAAUAAAUAAAUGCAACAAUGUUACAGUGUGUUUCUUAA